GCAGAGGAGGUUACUUUGGGAAGCAGUACAGCUUGCUCAUCCGAUCCGUGUAGUUCAGAGAGAGUGUGUCAUGUUACAGAGAAGCCAGGAUCAGCCACAGUGCAACUCCAAAGCAGUUGAGAAUUACCUCUCUCUAAUGGGGACUUUCAUGUGCAAUCUCUUAACCACUCUGCUAAGGAACUGAAACUGAUAAACCUAGAGGGAGAGGAAAAGAACAACAAACAAAAAAGACUGAAAGACAUAAACUGAUCUGAUUAUUUUCCCCAAAACUUUUCUGGAGUUGGAUCCUUUCUUUUUUUAAAUCACGUUUUUCCCCUUUUUAUCCAUACAAUUUUUGUUGUUGUUGUUAUAAUUUCUAUUAUUCAGUGGCAUUGGGAUUCCCUCGGACGCUGCUCUUCCAUGAAUUCUGGAUUGUUCUUCUUGGAGUGGGAUUGAAACUUUAUUUAUUCUAUUUAUUUAUUUAUUGUUUCUCAGGACAGGGAGGGAAUGUUGGAGGAGAAGGGCUGGAAAGGUGCUAGCAAUGGUGCCUUUGACAGGGGGUGCAUUGCUCCCCCCAGGACAGGGGAUGGAGAAAGAUGCUGCAGGUUUCCUCUACUGCUGGGCUCUGGGCUUCCUGGGGUGUCUUUGAUUUCUCUGGUGCUGAGCCUCCUGCUAUACUUUAGGACAUCAGACCUGCAAUCCAGGGUUUCACAUUUGGAAGCAGACAGAUGCACUCAGCUCCCUGCCUGGCUCUCUGCAGACCAAAUGGAGACAGCUAUUUUGGGAAGAGUUGACCAACUGCUUGAUGAGAAAUUAAAGUUCAACUUGCCAAGACAUCGAGAAGUUCGAGAUACCCACCAGAGGUGCAAUUGCCCAGCAGGACCUCCUGGCCCUACAGGAAGACCAGGGCUUCCGGGAGACAAAGGCGCCAUGGGAAUCCCUGGAAGACCGGGACUAAAGGGGCAACCCGGAGAGAAGGGAACCCCUGGAGAAGCAGGCAUGUCCAUCAUCGGUCCCCGAGGCCCUCCCGGACAGCCUGGAACGAGAGGUUUUCCUGGAUUUCCGGGCCCAAUUGGUUUGGAUGGCAAACCGGGCCAUCCUGGACAGAAGGGGGAGAUGGGUGUUGCUGGUCCCAAGGGACAGCCGGGACCUCCAGGACAAAAAGGAGAAAAGGGCCAGUGUGGAGACUACCCACACAGGGAAUACCUAAGUACAACACUUGCAGCCCUGCGCUCUAAUCAGAUCCUUACACUAAAGGGCGAACAAGGACAGGCGGGGAUUCAAGGUCCACCAGGGCCACCUGGUCCACCAGGGCCAACUGGACCAUCUGGACCAGCAGGAAAUCCAGGACAACCUGGCCCAGUUGGGCCACCCGGCAAAGCAGGGGAGCCUGGAAAGGCAGGCAAGGAUGGAAAGGGCUUACCUGGAUCCCCUGGACCAAAGGGAGACCCUGGAAUUCAAGGAUACCAUGGGAGGAAGGGUGAGGUGGGUGAGGCUGGCCUACCAGGUGCACCUGGCCUUCCUGGACCUAUUGGCCCCAAGGGUGAAAAGGGGGACACUGGCGUGAAGGGAGAGAGGGGCAUGCCAGGGCUGCCAGGAAAACAUGGAGCUAAGGGGGUUCCUGGAAUGGCUGCUGCAGGGAUGAAGGGAGAGAAGGGAAGAGCUGGUGAUCCCGGACUUCCUGGAUUCCUAGGACAGAAGGGAGAGAAGGGAGAUGCUGGCAAUGCACUCGGGGGAGGUAAAGGGGAACCCGGACACCCGGGACUACCUGGGCCUCCAGGACCAAAGGGGGAAGCUGGUGACAUUGGCCAGACUGGAAUUGCAGGACCGCAGGGGGAAAAGGGAGAACCUGGAGUACCCGGAGAACAGGGGCCUGUUGGUCCAAGGGGUCCCAAAGGGGAGCCAGGAAAGGAUGAAAUGGUGGAUUAUGAUGGUAACAUCAACGAAGCUCUACAGGAAAUACGAACCUUGGCCCUGAUGGGACCUCCUGGACUUCCAGGAGUAGCUGGGCCCCCAGGGCUACCAGGACAGAAGGGUGAAAUUGGUUUACCGGGUCCUCCUGGACACGAUGGCGAGAAGGGGCCACGAGGUAAAUCAGGAGAAGUGGGGCCUCCUGGUCCCCAAGGGCCCCCAGGAAAGGAGGGACCUCCAGGAAUGAAGGGAGCGACUGGACUUACAGGGACCCCAGGAGCAAAGGGGGAAAAGGGGGAGGCAGGAGAAGCUGGCUCUCCGGGUCUUGAUGGCCCAACUGGGGAGAAAGGAGAACAAGGUGACCAAGGGAUACCAGGACCUUCAGGAUUACCAGGUCUAAUUGGACUUCCAGGACUGACAGGAGAAAAAGGAGAACCUGGUGAGGAUGGGGGAAAAGGAGACCCAGGGGACUCAGUAUCGGGGCCACCCGGGCCCCAAGGCCCACCAGGUGCUGCAGGUCUUCAAGGCCUUCCAGGACCGAAGGGGGAAGCAGGGAUUGAUGGAAUGAAAGGAGAGAAGGGUGUCCAGGGUGAGAAAGGAGACCGAGGUCCACUGGGAUUGCCCGGUGCUUCAGGUUUAGACGGCAGGCCUGGACCACCGGGUACUCCAGGACCAAUUGGAGCUCCAGGACCAGCAGGACCAAAAGGGGAAAGGGGCAGUAAAGGUGACCCUGGAAAUGCGGGACCAAUGGGGCUAGCUGGGCUUCCUGGUUUACAAGGCCCAUCUGGUGACAAAGGAAACCGGGGGGAGAGGGGCAAGAAAGGCUCUAGAGGGCCUAAAGGGGAUAAGGGAGACCAAGGAGCGCCUGGAUUAGAUGCACCCUGUCCAUUGGGGGAAGAUGGCUUGCCAGUUCAGGGCUGCUGGAAUAAGUGAUGAUUCUAACCAUGGACUGGCCUGUGUGUGUUUUGUACAUAGAAUAUUUAUUUUUAUACAAUGUUCUUUUCUGAAAUGCCAAGAAGUUAUACAUUUUACAAAUUAUCAAAAGCUGCAUAUAUUUUGUACAGAAAAUACUAAAUUUCCCUUUUUCUGUUUGUCAAUACUUUAUAUAAUUCUGUGUCUAUAUUAUGCUUAUAUUGUUGUGGAGUCCAGCUGUAAUAUUUGCAUGAUAUUUGUGCACACUUGAUAAGUAUUGGAACUUAAUAAAUUAUUGCAUUCAGGUGCCAAAAGGAACUGCCCUAUAUAGAUCUGAAGGUCAUUUCCCUUGCCAAAUCAGGAGAAGUAAAGAAUAUUUGAAGUGUUAUGGAUUUUAUUAUUAAAAUGAAAUAUGACAAUGU